CCCAACCUGGUGGUAAUUUGAGCCUCCAAGAUUGCCAUAGUCAGGACUGCCCUGCUCCCUUGGAAUGUGCUUUCUGUGCUCACUCACCCUUAGCCCAGCCUUCGGCCUGCUGAUUUCAGCUGGAACACCAAGUCCCCUUGCCGUUCCUGGAGAGUAUGGCGCUGACCGCAGAGCUGGGAAGACCUCCACAAAUGAGAGAGGUGGCAGGGGUCCCCCUGCAGGCUGCAACUGUGGACAACUGGAGCCAGAUCCAGAACUUUGAGGCCAAGUCAGAUGAUCUCCUCAUCUGUACCUACCCUAAAUCAGAAACUUGGAACCCAAAGCAUGAAAUUCAGAAGCUGGCAGAAUUUAUUGGAAAGAAGCUAGAUGACAAAGUACUAGAUAAAAUUGUUCAUCACUCUUCAUUUGAUGUCAUGAAGCAGAAUCCAAUGGCAAACUACUCAUCGAUUCCUACUGAAAUCAUGAACCACUCUGUUUCUCCAUUUAUGAGAAAAGGAGCAGUUGGAGACUGGAAGAAUCACUUCACUGUGGCUCAGAAUGAGAUAUUUGAUGAAGACUACAAGAAGAACAUGGCUGACACCAGUCUAACUUUCUGCUUUCAAUUCUAGUAAGAAAAGGAAGCAUAAGUUUUUUAGUUUACUACCCAGUUUUUCAGUAAUAAUCAUUAACAAGUGACCACUCAGACCACAUAAUCUUGGAUUCAGGUUCUCAUACUAAGUGUUUUUUCUGUUUGCUUUUGUCUACUCUAAAAAAAGUAAUAAAGCUAUUAGAAGUUGGGGGCAAAGUGGAGAGUGGGAGCUGGACAGCAAAGUGGAGGGAGAGACAAGAAAUCCUUGCUAGUUACAAAUUGUUAGUUAUUCAUGGCAUCGUUGUUCAUUACCAUUAUACUUAUUUUUUAUAAUCGUGUUUGUUAGCAUAUUAAAAAUGCUUCAUUCCUCACAUUAGACUAUAUUGAGGUUUUCAGAUUAAGUGCUGAUUCAAGGAAAUAUUUCAAGCAGUGCUAAAUUGUGUAACUUGUGACUAUUUCUCAAAAAUGAAACAAAGUGACUUCAUUUCUCUGUGAAACCCUUGAAUUCACUUCAGGUUUAGUACUGUCAUGGACCCAUUCCCUUCACUCACCACCAUCCACGUAAUUAUCUGGUCUUGCUCUCCCCAUGCCAGCCACGGCUAUGAUUCAAUCUAGCACUAUGCCUUGACUUGCCUCCCUCCAGAGCCUUUACAAUCAGAUUUUAAUCCAUCUGCAAUGUAUGUCAGUUCUACCUGUAUGAAUUCUCAUUUCUGUAGUCAUUUUUCUUGUUCAGAAAUCCUUUACCUCUUGCCUACACUAGUGCAAGCUUCCUAACUACUUUCUCUGUUUAUCAUACGUCUACCAUAAUUAUUUUCUGAAAGCAAGACUGAUUAUAUUUCUCUCUAGAUCAAAAUCCUUCAACAAUUCUAAAUUUACAGUGCUUGAAAGAUAAAUCUCUAGCUAUUUAGCCAUGAAUUCAAAAGCACCUAUAACCAAUGAUAUGGUUGAUCUCAUCUUCCAAAGCACCUUUCCAGCUUGAUUUCACUUUCCAACUAUCAUCACACUUCUGCAAAUUCUGAGCUCUGAUUUGAGGGUCGCUACUCUAUUUUCACUUUGCCUCCACCUAUAAUCCCCUUUCCUUUCUUUCACCUAUCCAAAAUCAUAACAUGUUUCUAUAACCAGCACAAGUUUUUCCAUUCCUCCUGCAAACAAUGUAACCUGAAGAUACCCUCUGCUCUUCCGAAAUCUUCUGCACUUGUUAUAAUUCUUUCAUGAUUAAAAUUAAAGUAUAUUAUGAUCUCUC